AUGGAACAAAAAGUAAUCGGAGUUCUUGGCGGAGGUCAAUUAGGUAGAAUGAUGGCACAAGCAGCAUCAAAACUAUCAAUCCCAUUAAUCACAUUAGAUUCAAAAAACUCACCAGCAUCACAAGUUAUCAAUCCAACCGCAUCACAUCCCAAUCUGGAACCAAUCUUAGAUCAUCAAAUCGGUUCAUUCAAUAAUCCAAAUGAUAUUUCAACAUUUAGUAAAUCAGUUGAUAUCUUAACCAUUGAAAUCGAACACGUCAAUGUUGAAAUUUUGAAAACUUUACAAAACGAUCUCAAAGGUGGUAGAACAAAAAAUGGUUUAAAAAUUUAUCCUUCACCUGAAGUCAUUGAAAUUAUACAAGAUAAAUUUAAACAAAAAGAAUUUUUAAAUCAAAAUCAAAUCCCAGUUUCAGAUUUUGAAUCGGUAGAAGAAAGUGAAUCGAUAGAAAAAGUUAAAGAAAGUGUUUUAAAAGUUGGUAAACAGUUAGGAUAUCCAUUGAUGCUUAAAAGUAGAUUAUUCGCUUAUGAUGGUAGAGGUAAUUAUUUAUUAAAAUCACCUGAAGAAAUUUCAAUCGCAAUCAAAUCUCUUACUCCUACAAGUACAAACGAAAAUCCUAAUCCGAUCAUCAAACUUUAUGCCGAAAGAUUUGCUCCAUUUGAAUGUGAAAUUGCAGUAAUGGUUAUCAAAGCGCCUUCAACUUCUUCAGAAGAUUCUCCUCAAAUUCGUUCUUAUCCUCCUGUACAAACUGUUCAUCGUGAUAAUAUUUGUCAUACGGUCUAUAGUCCACUUCGGAAAGGAACCAAAGAAAGUUCAAAGAAAUCAAUCGAAGUGGCUGAAAAAGCUAUUGCUUCACUGGGACCAGGUGCAGUAGGUGUCUUUGCAGUAGAAAUGUUUUUAAUGCCAAAUGGUGAAAUCUUAGUAAACGAAAUCGCACCCAGACCUCAUAAUUCUUAUCAUCAUACAUUAAGUUCAACAACUAUCGAUCAAUUCACAGCUCAUCUCUUAGCAAUUUCAUCAAAACCAUUACCAGAUCCUAAAUCAUUUGAAUUAAAAGUGACAUCAACAGCCAUGGUAAAUAUCUUAGGUCAUUCAGAUGGAGAAUUAGGUUUAAAAGAAAUCCAAGAUUCGAUUGAAAAGAUUCAAGAAAUUUCAGGUGUGAGUAUAGAAUUAUAUGGAAAGUUUGGGUGUAGAAAAGGACGUAAGAUGGGACAUAUCAAUAUCAUUGGAGAAUCUGAUUCAGAAGUUAAAAAUAAAGUUGAUCGAAUUUUAGCUUUACUUCCUUCAAAUCAAACAGAAGAACGUAAAGAAGAAAUCAACAAAGUUUUAGUCGGUCAUUCAGAUCCGAAUCCAUUAGUAUCCAUCAUUAUGGGAUCAGAUUCAGAUUUACCUACAAUGAUUGAAGCCUCUAGAAUCUUAUCAAAUCCAAUCUUUUCAAUUCCUCAUGAAUUAACCAUAGUCUCAGCACAUCGAACCCCACAAAGAAUGGUAGAAUUUGCAAACUCAGCAUCACAUCGAGGUAUCAAAAUCAUCAUAGCAGGAGCAGGAGGUGCAGCUCAUUUACCAGGUAUGGUAGCUGCUUUAACACCUUUACCGGUCAUUGGUGUACCAGUUAAAGGUAAAAUUUUAGAUGGAGUUGAUUCUCUUUAUUCUAUUGUACAAAUGCCACGUGGGAUUCCUGUAGCAACUGUGGCUAUUGGUAAUUCUACUAAUGCUGCUCUUUUAGCUAUCAGAAUCCUUUCGGUUGGAAUUCCUAGGUUAUUGGAUCAAAUGGAAACUUAUAUGAAGUCUAUGGAAACUGAAGUUUUAGGAAAAGUUGAAAAAAUUAAAGAAGUGGGUUGGGAAGAUUAUUAGGAUUUCUUAUUCGUAUUCUUAGCUUUUAAUUUUUCUUUUGGUUGGAAGAAGUGGUUUAGGUAGUUUUUCUUUUGUUCAUAUUGAAUAUGUGAUUCAUUUUUCUUCUUCUUGCAUCCAAAGGGAAAGAGCUAGUUAGGAAUCGGUUGUAGAUAUGGUUAAGUAUGUUUUGAGAUCCUUGAUUUUGGAAUACGAGGAAAAGGAAAAAAAUAACGAUU